AUGUCUCUUCCAUCAGGCGAAGUUCAACAGUUUUUCACAGAACGUCAGCAACAACAACAGAACAAUGCAAUACCUGAAGAGAUUUUAACCUCAAUUUCAAGAAUUGGUCAAGAACAGAUCAACCGAGAUCAAGCCUAUGCUAUUCAGGCAAUUCGUUUAUCACUUAAAUCCAAAUCUUCUUAUGAUGUUUUGCCAGUUUCGUUUAGAUUGAUAGUUUUAGAUACAUCAUUGAGUGUUAAAAGAGCAUUGAAUAUAUUAUUGCAAAAUUCUAUAGUUUCAGCACCACUAUGGAAUAGCAAGACAUCAAGAUUUGCAGGGUUAUUAACCUCAGCAGAUUUUAUUAAUGUUAUUCAAUAUUUCCAUAGAAACCCUGAGCAAGAUCAACGUCAUAAUUUAGAUCGAUUAACACUAGACAGUUUAAGAGAAAUUGAGAAGGCAAUUGGGGUUGAACCAAUUGAAAAAAUAUCCACACCACCAUUCAGCUCAAUUUUUUUGGCAUGCGAUCAAAUGUUAAAGACAAAAGCAAGAAGAAUUCCAUUAGUCGAUGAAGACAAAGCAACUCAUCGAGAGAUUAUUGUAUCAGUUUUAACACAGUAUCGUAUAUUAAAAUUUGUUGCAUUAAAUUGUAAAGAAACAAGAAUGUUGAUGAAACCGCUAAAGGAUAUCAAAUUUGAAAAGAAAUAUGAAGAACUAUCGGUAGCAAGGAUGCACACUCCAGUUAGAACUGUUAUAAAUUUACUAGCUACAAAGGGCAUAUCAUCAGUGCCUAUUGUUGAUGAGAAUUUUAAAUUGUUGAAUGUUUAUGAAGCGGUUGAUGUUUUAAGUUUAGUCAAAUCUGGAAUAAAUAAUCAAGAGCUAUAUUUAACGGUUGGACAAGCAUUGAUGAAAAGACCAGAUACAUUUGAGGGUGUUUACGUUUGUACAUUGAACGAUAAAUUAGCGACAAUCUUGGAGCUUAUUAAAACAUCUAAACUACAUAGGUUGUUUAUUGUUGAUGAGGAAGGAAAGUUGUUAGGGUUAUUAACUUUAAGUGACAUUUUAAGAUACAUUUUAUUUGGAGAGACAUGA